AUGACCUUUAUUACAGCAAUUUUUGUCACUUGGGAGGUUUCAGGCAUACAAGAUCAACAAAUAGAGUUAGGGCUUGAAAAUGCACAACAUCCAUAUAAUAAAAUAGCAAUAAAUCGUGAUGUGAAUCUUACAACAAAAAGUCAGGAUUUGGUGGUGCCUACCGUGCCAAAUGGUAUUUAUCAACUUUACAUGAGGGGUCCUAAUUUCUUUAGGACUUCGAAUCCGUUUUCAAUUUAUACUACAAGCGCUACUCAAACCGGUAUGAAUACACCAACACCUAAUACACCCAAUUCUGGUGGAGGUACUGAAGAUAACUCAACUCGAAAUACUGUAAUUGGGGCAGUGGUUGGAGGUAUUUUCAGUGUAAUUGCUGCGACAAUAGGUGCAGCAAUAGCCGCAAACUUUAUUCGUUGCAAAUGUUGUGGAGAUAAUUUAUCACAAAAUGAUGAUCUCAAAAGUGGUGUAAAUGAUAGCAGACAUAACGGUGGUGAUGGUGGAAAACAUUACCAGCAGAAAAACAAAAAUACUAGUGAAUUGAUGCAACUUAUGGUUGACAAAAAAAGAUGUGAAUUAGCUUUACAAAGAACCAGGUUAUCAAAUGAUAAUUUGACUACAGCAACAAUCAUCACGUCAGAAAUUAGUAGUAGUAGUAAAGGUAGGAAUGGCGAGGAAAGUGGUGGUAAUUUAAUGACCAGGAAAUUAACAAAGAAAUUAAAUUCACCAAAAAAUAAUAAUAAAAAACCAGCAUCAAUAUCAUCAUCAAUAUCAUCAACAACAUCUACAUUAAUAAUAAAGCCAAAAAAAAUUAUAAAGAUCGAAAGGGACUAUACCAAUGGAGAAUCAUGUCAAUUCAAUAAUAAUCUUCCUAAAGAAAUCAACGAAAGGAUAAGUCCAAUAAGAUUUAAAGAAACAAUUAACAGGUUGAAUGAAUUAUUAGAGAAAGCGAAUAAUCCCAAAUAUGCUGUAAUUGGCAAUAUUCUUGAAUGCUUAACAAUAUACACUUCAACAUUUUGUUUGAGAUCAAAUUAUGACAAGAUGAUCGAGGAGGUCUGUCUAUUUUUAGACGAUGAGAAUAUAAAUUAUUAUAAUCGAUUGGGUUUAAACUUUAGAGAUCCGUUUGCGAUUAACGAUAAAGAAAAGGCAAUCGUAGUUGCUUUUAGAGGUACAGCAAAUGUAAAAAGCUUCCUUAAUGAUCUCGAGUUUCUUCAAGUUCCAUUUUUUGACAAAUCUAACAAUGCAAAGGUUCAUUCUGGAUUUCUUGCUACAUAUAACGACACAAGAACAGAAAUAACAAAUUUAGUAAAAAAAUUGGUCGCUGAAAAUCCCGAUUACAAAGUUGUUACCACUGGCCAUAGCUUAGGUGGAUCAUUAGCAGUUUUCCAAACCCUUGAUUUAAUCGGAGUACCAGGUUUAAAUCCAUCAAACUUGUUAACUUAUACAUAUGGUGAACCAAGAACAGGAGAUAAAAAUUUCGCUGCUUUGGUUGAAAAAACCGGCUUUAGUUUUUUCAGAGUUGUAAAUAAAGCUGACCUAGUUCCACACGUGCCACCUCAAGCAUUUAAAUACCAACAUCAUGAUCCCGAGGAUAAAACUUGCGCAAAUUCUCAGAAACUUCCAAAUAUUAACUUGAUUAACCAUGCAAAAUAUUUUGAUACAGUUUUCUUAUUGACUUGUCUCAAAAAAUAA